AUGGCGAAACGGGACAAGAGUGACGAACGCGAUUUCGAGCAUCGACCAGAAAAGAAAUCGAAGACAAAGAAGCAUGCAAAGGAGUCGAAAUCAACUGACAACGAUAUCAACUCCAAUGCAGAGUUAGAUGCUCCCUACGUACAGUCUUCGGAGCUUGAUGAAGUCCCUCAACUUGAAAUAGAUCAGUUUUUGACGGAGCACUCCAUUAAGAUAACUGAUACUUCGUCUGAGGAUACCACAGUACCUCGCCCGAUCAUAUCGUUUACUCAUUUACCUCAAUGCGACAGCAAACUUUACGAACAAUUGAGCUCUUUCAAAUCACCGACGCCUGUGCAGUCGGCUACCUGGCCGCUGCUUUUUGCAGGCCGUGAUACAAUCGGUAUAGCCGAAACUGGAAGUGGUAAAACACUUGCGUUUGGCUUGCCAUGUCUUAGGAAAAUUUUGGAGUCCAAAAAAAGGAAAUGGAAGUCUGCCCGCCCUUCAGCAGUGAUCGUUUCUCCCACAAGAGAGCUUGCAAUGCAAAUAUAUGACCAGCUCUCAAAGUUUGCCAAUCCUGUAAACAUUGGCGUGGCAUGUAUAUUUGGGGGUGUGAGAAAGGAGGAACAGCGUGAAGUCUUGAAAACUGCUGCCAUCGUCGUUGCAACACCGGGACGAUUGAAAGAUCUUCAGAAUGAUGGAUCCGUUGACUUGGGAAAGGUCAAGUAUCUUGUACUCGAUGAGGCAGAUCGUAUGUUGGACAAGGGAUUCGAACAAGACAUAAAAGAUAUCAUUGGCUCCAUGCAAGAUACUGGUCGGCAAACUGUAAUGUUCACUGCAACAUGGCCUCCUUCUGUUAGGAACCUUGCAGCAACCUUCAUGACCUCACCUGUGACUGUCACAAUUGGCGGGGAUCCUUCUGCUGAUCCUCGUGCCAACUCAAGGAUCAAACAGGUUGUUGAAGUGGUCAAGCCGCAAGAAAAAGAAUACAGGCUUGUUGAGUUACUGAACCGUUCGCAAAGAGGAGUUACUUCCCCAGAGAAGGUGUUAGCUUUUUGUCUAUACAAAAAGGAAGCAAUGCGCAUCGAGAGGCUUCUUCGCACUAAGGGGUUCAAAGUAGCCGGGAUACAUGGGGACAUGAGUCAACAGGAGAGGUUCAGGAGCUUGGAAGCAUUCAAGUCAGGCUCUGCUACGGUGCUUGUUGCUACUGAUGUUGCAGCUCGAGGCCUUGAUAUCCCUUCCGUCAAGUUGGUUCUCAAUGUCACGUUCCCCCUGACGGUCGAAGACUAUGUACAUCGGAUCGGACGGACGGGACGAGCUGGAGCCGAGGGUCACGCAAUAACAUUGUUCACCGAAACUGACAAAGCACAAUCUGGCGCGUUAAUUAAUGUCUUACGGGCUGCGAAGCAGGAGAUUCCAGAAGACCUCCUCAAGUUUGGGACAACCGUCAAGAAGAAGCAGCAUGGCGCAUAUGGUUCUUUUUUCAAAGACAUUGAUAAUAACAAAUCAGCGACCAAAAUUGUGUUUGAUGACUAA